UGUGGUGUACAUUGUUGUGGCAAGCAUCCUUUUGUUUUGUUUAGUUUUUUGUUUUGUUUUGACUUGUAACCUCACGAUGUCUGGACAGUGGACACCAGAGCAAUUCAAAAACUUGCAGACAGGUGGGACGAAGAGAACCCUGAUGUAUUUCCCAGUGUUGCCUGUGGGUGAAGAGCCCUCACACUUCACUUGUCGAUACUUGGUCAACCCAUCUGUCUCAUGAACCUCCAGCGUCACAAAGUAACACCGGCGCACGUGCAUGACGCGCAGCUUCUCCCUCACGCUUGGUUCGCCGGCGGAUCGGGCUCUAAAUGAGUGACUUCGGUUGGAUGCGGUCGCCUCUGUUGAGCUGUCACUCUCUGGUGACCAGAUGACUCUGGAGGCUGGUUUUGUUGUUGCCCUGACGUCAGUGCGAGCUACAAUGAAGCUGGCAACAUGGAUAUAAAAGCCGGUUUGAAGGCUGGCGCACUGGUGCUCCAAGUUCUUGCUCCGCACGGGGUUAACAUCAGGCUCACCACAAGAAGGGAGGGCUGAGGAGAUCAUGAUGCGCUUUCAGAGCUUCACACCUAUCGUGCUACUCCAGCUGACUUUCCUCGCUGCAGUUCAUGGUGCCAAAUGGACAUACACUGGGCCAGAUGGAGAGGAGUACUGGGCCAAGAAUUAUCCAUAUUGUGGUGGAGCUUUCCAGUCUCCAAUAAACAUCAAGUCAGACCUGCUGAGGUUUGACCCAACUUUACGUCCAGUUGAGGUUCAAAACUACAACCUGUCACCCAAUGAGCAGCUCACUCUUGGAAAUAAUGGCCAUUCAGUACAAAUAUCACUGCCCUCUAAGAUGCACAUCUCCAGCCUGCCUCAUCGUUACACCGCAACUCAACUCCAUCUACACUGGGGCUCCUCCGGCAGACCAGUAGGCUCUGAGCACUUGGUGAACAGUAAGCAGUAUGCAGCAGAGAUGCACGUAGUACACUUCAAUUCAGACAAGUAUGCCGGUAUGUCCAUGGCUGUAGACAAAUCUGACGGCCUAGCCGUGCUGGGUGUCCUGAUUGAGAUUGGAGAGUUCAAUCCGGCCUUUGAACAGUUUCUGAAGUUCCUAAAUGGUAUCAAGUACAAGGAUCAGAAAGUGAAGGUGCCCGGUUUCAAUAUCAGAGCACUGCUGCCUGCGCGUUUAGAUGAGUAUUAUCGCUACGACGGGUCCCUAACGACUCCUCCGUGUUAUCCCAGCGUCCUGUGGACAGUGUUCAGGAAUCAUGUCACAAUAUCUCACAAACAGUUUCUGUCCCUGGCGACAACCCUCUACUCCUCCCAUGCCCAGGACUCAGCCCCUGUGCCUCUGAAUGGCAACUUCAGGAAACCGCAGCCCGUUGACAGCAGAAUUGUGCUGGUAUCUUUUAAGGAGGGCAGAGGACUGCAGGGCAUUCUCACAGUCACAUCUCCGCUCACGAGGAAGGGAAUCAUUCAGCAGCUGCUGGCUGGAGACUUAGCAGACCUGGCUGACGAAGGGCUCUAUCAGCUCCUACCAAGUGGCUCAGAGAAGCUCCAUGCUGGCAAGAAGAAAGAACCCAAGUACCAGCAGAGCGAGACUCUGUCCAAAUCCAAACAACAGAUGCUGAAUCUGUACCCACUGAAGAAAAGCCAGGCCACCCUCCCUGUGGGAAAGUUAGGGCUGGCUGAAGAAGCACUGUGCUAUGUCUCGACUGAACAGAGAGUUUUCCAUGAGCUCAAACAGUCCCACAGGGAGACUCAGCUUGUUCAGGCUCUCAGAGAUUCGGUUUUCCCCGAUCUCAACCUCAAGAGCUACCUGGACUGUAAGUCAGACUUAGCCCUCUCAACCAUCAGGCAUAUUCUCCGUGGACGGCCACCAACAGAUGAGGCGUUAGAGCUAGAUCGCUCUCUGACAAAGGCCUUGAGGAAUCAGAAGAAGAUCUCCAUGGCAACCAAGCAAAAUGUACCAGUGACAAAAUAUGGCGGCCUCUCCCCUGCUACUGUUCCCAUAACCCCCCACAGCCAGGGUUAUCCACAUCCUUGGCUUUUGCCUAUGGAGUGGGAAGACUAGAGAGAUUCCUGACAUAGCUGAGAGUGACAUUAUGUCUGUUUGAGUGUGUUUCUGUAGCAGACAUCAGUUGUAUGUCUCACGAUGCAAGCCACGCUGUGCAUUCCUUUGAGCAGUCUUUCUCACAAACGUAUUUAAUAUUAAGUUAUUCUUUGUAGUAUGUGCACAUAAUUAUGAUACAUUUUAAUCUACUGUAGUCAUUGUUUUCGCAUACACACGCCUAUGCAUAAGCAGUCCUCUCCAGUGACUGUUCUCAGUACUGUAAGCACAUUCUGAAACAUUAAAAUAAAUGCAAUUGUGACAAUUUCCAAACAUUUACUUUUUCCACCCGGCUUUAUGGCUGUUUGCAUAAUUUUAGAACAUAUUUCAUGCUUGCAAAUAUAUAUUCAUAAAGCUACAUGUAGCACUCCAAACUUUAAAGAAUAUUUAUAGAGUUAUAAUGUACGCCAAGUUCACUUCUAUACUAGUAAUUACCGUCUUGCACUAUAUAGAGAUGCAGCUCACCCAAAAGAAACUUCAAGAACUUCAGAGCUUUACAUCAUGUCUCGGUCUUCUCUUACAAAAUGUUCUUCAGUUCAAAAUGUCAUUUUCAAUGAGCGAGGAAGCAGAUACUGUACAUAGGGAACUA